AUGAAUAAAGAAGAAGCAGAGACAUUUAAAUAACCAUUAAUUAAUGAAGUUAGUUAAUAGUUUAGCAAACAAUCAAAAAAGUCAAGAGGAAAGUCUUAAUUAUCUGUUUUGACUGAGCAUUCAAAAAUGGACACUCAUUUAUAUGAAAUCCCAGAUCUUACAUAGAUAACGCAGAAAGUACUUUGUCGUUUGAUUGCUGUUUCUGUUGUUUGCAUAAUAUUUCUGGUGGCUGAAGUAAGAAUACUUAAUCCUAAGAAAGGUCAUAGGAGGUUUAUGGGCAUAAUCAUUGGCCAUCUUAUCAGAUGCUGCUCACAUGUUCUCAGAUAUGAGUGGCUUCUUCAUUUCUAUAUUCUCCAUUUGGCUUGGGCAAAAACCCGCCUCUCAAAAAAUGUCAUUCGGAUAUCACAGAGCCGAGGUCAUAGGAGCUUUGGGUAGUAUUAUAUUGAUAUGGGGAUUGACUAUCCUAUUGUUCUAUGAAGCAACUAUCAGAGUUAUAGAGGAAGCCAUAGUUACUGACCCUUUAAUAAUGUUGAUAACAGCAGGAUUUGGGUUGUUUUGUAAUUUAGUAAUGGCAAAGGUAUUGCAUUCUUCGCCCACAGGUGGACAUGAUCAUGGAAAUAUAAUGCAUUAAUGUAGUGAACACAAUCAUGGUCAUGGUCAUGAUCACGGCCAUGAACAUAAUCAUGAUCAUAAUCACAAUCAUGACCAUAGUCAUACUCAUGAGGAUAAUCACUCUCAUAGCAAAUAAAAAUAGCAAAAGAAAAAGAAAAAGAUUAGCAUAAAAUAAAAGAGACAACAAGUAAGCGAGAAUGGAAUUAGUAUGUUAGUUGUUGAACAAGAUAUUGAAUCAGAAUCAAGUGACAAAAAUUUAACAAUCAAAGAAGAAAGUGAAAGUUCUUCUUCAUGUAAAAGCAAUAAGUAAUAGUAAAAUGUUGGAUAAAAGUAAUAAUAAUAAGCUCGUGAACACAAUCAUUCAGAAAAUUGUGGACAUGAUCAUCAAAAAAUUGAUAUUCCUAAUGAUAUUGAAAAUUAAAAGUGCAAAAACAAAAAAAAUUAGAAAGAUUCAAAAAGUUCAGAAGAUAGUCAUAGUAGUUGUAAUGGAAAAGAACACAAUCAUGACCAUGAACAUGACCACUCUCAUUCACAUUCCCAAGAUAAUUCACAUUCACAUGAUCAAUCCCAUUCACAUGAUCAUUCUCAUUCACAUGACCAUUCACAUUCAGAUGAUCAUUAACAUAAUCAUAAAGAUAAAUCAAAUAAAUUAAAAAGUAAAAAUUUAACUGAAAUCAAUGAACAUGAUAAUUAUAAUCUUAAGGCAGCUAUGAUACAUGUUAUCGGUGAUAUUCUAUAAUCAAUUGGAGUUCUAAUUGCUGCCAUCUUAAUAUACUUUUUUGGUUAAAAAAAGGAUGAAAAUAAUAAAAUCGUUUUUACAUAUUGGUAAUAUGCUGAUCCUUUUUGUACAUAUCUUUUUAGCAUUCUUGUUCUCUUCACUACUUUUGGAGUUGCUAAAGAAUGUUUAAGAGUGCUAAUGGAAGGUACACCAUAAAGUAAAUUCAAUUAUUUAUUCUUUAGAUUUAAUAAUUGAGGAAUUCAAUGAAAAGUUAAAGGGCAUUCAUAGAGUGAAAGAAGUACAUGAUUUACAUAUUUGGUCGCUUUCAGUUGGUAAACCAGCCAUGUCUGCACAUAUAGUCUGUAUUGAAAAUCCAGAAUAUGUCCUAAGAAAAGCCACAAAAUUGUGUAGAUAAUUUGGAAUAUAUCAUUCGACAAUAUAGAUUGAAUUAUAUGACAGACAAGGUGCAAACGAUUAUAUUAAAUGUGAUCAUAAUUUGCAUAAAUGA